CACUAUCUUCGCUCUACGCCUCUCACUCUUGAUCUUCCCCUUUCUCUGUUUCUACACAGGGAAAAAUAAUUUCUUCAUCUUCUCCCUCCGCCGCCGUUGCCAUGGCCUUGGUCGUCGAGAAAACCACCGCUGGCCGUGAGUACAAGGUCAAGGACCUUUCUCAGGCUGACUUCGGUCGCCUCGAGAUCGAGCUCGCUGAGGUCGAAAUGCCCGGUCUCAUGGCUUGCCGUGCUGAGUUUGGCCCUUCCCAGCCCUUCAAAGGCGCCAGAAUCACUGGUUCCCUCCACAUGACCAUCCAAACCGCCGUACUCAUCGAAACCCUAACUGCUCUCGGAGCCGAAGUUCGCUGGUGCUCUUGCAACAUCUUCUCUACUCAGGAUCACGCCGCCGCCGCCAUCGCGCGUGAUAGUGCCUCCGUUUUUGCUUGGAAGGGAGAGACUCUUCAGGAGUACUGGUGGUGUACUGAGCGUGCGCUUGAUUGGGGUCCUGGCGGUGGUCCCGAUCUGAUUGUUGACGACGGUGGUGAUGCUACCCUCUUGAUCCAUGAGGGUGUGAAAGCUGAAGAGGUUUAUGAGAAGACCGGUCAGUUGCCAGACCCGUCUUCUACUGAUAAUGCUGAGUUCCAGAUUGUUCUCACCAUUAUCAGGGAUGGGUUGAAGACUGAUCCCAAGAGGUACCACAAGAUGAAGGAGAGACUCGUUGGUGUCUCUGAAGAGACUACCACUGGUGUUAAGAGGCUGUACCAGAUGCAAGCCAAUGGAACUCUGUUGUUCCCUGCCAUUAAUGUCAACGACUCUGUCACCAAGAGCAAGUUUGAUAACUUGUAUGGUUGCCGCCACUCUCUCCCUGAUGGACUGAUGAGAGCCACCGAUGUGAUGAUUGCCGGCAAAGUCGCUGUCGUAUGCGGUUAUGGUGAUGUUGGAAAGGGCUGUGCUGCUGCCUUGAAGCAGGCUGGUGCUCGUGUGGUUGUGACCGAGAUUGAUCCCAUUUGUGCUCUUCAAGCUCUCAUGGAAGGUCUCCCAGUGCUGACUCUUGAAGACGUUGUUUCUGAUGCUGACAUUUUUGUCACCACCACUGGUAACAAGGAUAUCAUCAUGGUUGGUCACAUGAAGAAGAUGAAAAACAAUGCCAUUGUUUGCAACAUUGGCCACUUUGACAAUGAAAUCGACAUGAUUGGACUCGAGACCUACCCCGGCGUGAAGCGUAUCACCAUCAAGCCUCAAACAGAUAGAUGGGUCUUCCCAGAGACCAACACUGGUAUCAUCGUGUUGGCUGAAGGGCGGUUGAUGAACUUGGGUUGUGCCACAGGACACCCUAGUUUUGUGAUGUCUUGCUCCUUCACCAACCAGGUGAUCGCUCAGCUUGAACUGUGGAAGGAAAAAGCAACUGGUAAGUAUGAGAAGAAGGUUUAUGUUUUGCCUAAGCAUCUUGAUGAGAAGGUUGCCGCUCUUCACCUUGGCAAGCUUGGAGCUAAGCUGACCAAGUUGACCAAAGAACAAGCUGAUUACAUUAGUGUACCAGUUGAAGGACCAUACAAGCCUCCUCACUACAGGUAUUAAGUAGAUGAAAAGGGAUCGGAUAAGAAAUUUCUGUAUGGAUCGGCUUGAUUUUUCUGUCUUUUUCUGUUGUUGUUUCGGGUCGAUUCCCAAGUUGAGGUAGAGUUUUAGGCAUCUGAUCUUCUGCAGAAUUUCUAUUGUGGUGAGGUUGAAAGAAAGUAGAUGACGUAUGUGGUCAUGGACCUCUGAACUGAGGUUGAAAUAAGUCUUUGACUGGGUCUGUGUGUGAGAGAGAGAAUAUGUAGUUCGUCUAAUGUCUUGUGUUCUGUUGUAUCUCAAUUUUCAAAAUGAAAAAUUGCAGAAAAAAAAAAUGGUGCUAUUGUUACUGGCAUAUAAUUAUAGUUUUAA